AUGUUUACUAGGGGGCCACUCACUGUGGCGCAGGCGGAGCGCGUUUGUAAGUGGUACUUCCGCGCAGGAUUUAUUGGUCUCCCAUGGCUAUGGUUCGCCAACUGGCUUUUGUUCCGCCACCAUGCUGGUGCAAAUAGUACAAUCGCGUGGUACACUACUGCCUCCUUGCGAUUGGGCCUCGCAGGGGGUCUUCUGUUGGUUGUGUGGUACGUGGCGGUGAUGCUGGCGGUUCCAGCAACAAGUUCGCUUUUCGUCCUUCCGCCCUUCACAGGGAAGUGGCAGCCAGGGCACUUCGCAACUUAG